AUGUCGUACAACAUCGCCGGCCACGCCAUCAAGAACGAGUACCUUGCCCUCGGCACCAUCCUCUCGACGAUCGGCAUCGCCGUCGUCGCCUCGGGCGGUGGCGACAAGAAGAAGGCCGCUGCCCCCGCUCCUAUCGCCAAGGACACGACGAUCAACACUGGCGACAAGGACGAGGACGCUUUGAGCGAGAGCGUGUCGUCGGACAGGACACGGACGACGACGUUGCGCUCUGUCUGCCGCCUCGACCCCGCGGCACUGGCUGGCCUCGGCACGGCCAGCUCGUGCUCCUGUCCUGCUCGCCCUGCGGCCCCGUCGCCCUCUCGCUCCAUCGCCAGCGACCAACUCACUAACGCCCGCAGCAUCCGCGCGUUCGUCGCCGAGGCCGAGAAGUCGGACGCGUCCGCCGCGCACUAG